AUGAAUAGUAGUAGUAAUAAUAAUAAUAAUAAUAAUAAUAAUAGUUUUAUUAUUUUAAUAACAUUUAAGAAUAGUUAUUUGAGAAGAUUAAUAUUUCAAUUUAUUGAAGAGUUUGGAAGGAUUGAUAAAGAUGAAUAUGAAAGAUAUCAUAGAUCUAUUUUAAAUAGUCAUAGUUAUCAUUCAUACAAUAUAAACAAACAAACAAAAGAUGAAGAUAAAAAAGAAAGAUUAAUUUAUAAAAAAGGAAAAGAGUUUAUUCCUCCAUCAAAGAGUACCCCAUCUCUUUUCUUUCUCAAUAGAGAAUCAACAUUGGAUAUGAUAUCAAAAUAUGCAUUAGAUUGGUCAUUUAUAAAACAUUAUCUACCUAGUAGAGAAUUGAUAGAUGAAAGCAAGAGAUCAUCGGCAAUCAAUUAUUAUUGUUUACAUCCAAAUGGUAACUUGUCAACAUUGAAGGAAUUGUUGAAAUGGUCACCAGAUUUUGUACCUUUUGAAUCAUUGUUGGACUUUAUGCCAAGGUUUGGUAAGAUGGAUAUGAUUUUAUUCAUAGAAUCCAAGUAUCCAAAUCUUUUAUUUACACCCAAUUCAUUGGUGGUUGCUAGUAGUGGUGGUCAUGUCAAUAUCUUGGAAUACUUGUUUCGUUGGAAAAAGAUAAGAAACAAGUCAACAGACUCGGUUCUUGAAGCUUCAAGGGCUGGGCAUUUCGAAGCUGUAAAGUAUCUACUUUCUAUAAAUAGACCAUUUCAAGUCGAUGCAAUCAAUGCUGCUUGCAAGGGUGGUCAUAUCAAUAUAGUUGAUUGUCUGUUGGGAGAGUCAACAAAAUUGACAAAACCAAGUUGGCCCGGUAUUAGAGGUGCCAUCAAGAAUAAUAGGGUCGACCUAUUGGAAUAUCUAGUCAUACACAAACUCUACACUAAAUCAGAGUAUGGUGGGACCACUGGAUUCGAAGAUGCAGCAGCUAUGGGACAUAUAGAGAUGGUACAAUACCUCGCACCGUUUGUAGUGACAUUUAUACCGGGUGCAAUUCAAAGAGCUGCCAAGAAUGGACAUCUUGAAAUACUCAAAUACCUAUUAGAUACCAUUCAAGAACCAGUAGAGAUUGGAAUAAAGACAAUCAACAUGGUCGCUGAAAGAGGACAUCUCCCCAUUCUAUCCUUUUUAAAUGAUAAAGGGUAUCUAAAGAAUCAACGCAAUCUAAAAACCGAAUCUAUAGAUUCGGCUGCAAAGAAUGGUCAACUAGAAACUAUAAUCUAUUUAAUUGAAAAUAGAUCUUUGGAAUUCUCUAGUAAUGCAAUUAAUUCGGCUGCAAGGAACGGUCAUUACAAAGUAGUAGAAUUUUUAUUGUCACGCUCAAAAGAAAAAGAAGAAUAUCAUGUUAUAAACUCUAUUGAUGAUAUUGCUACCAAUGGACAUUUGGAUAUAAUAGAGUUGAUUGUUGGAAAUGAUCAUUGUAUCAUUACUGGUGUUACUACCAAUGCUAUGACUGGUGCUGCAAAAAAUGGACAUUUACUGGUUGUACAAUAUUUGGAUCAACAUAGAACAGAAGGAUGUACUACAAGAGCUCUAGAGUGGUCUUCAAAAAAUGGACAUCUACCUGUUGUAAUGUAUCUUCAUAAUAGUCCUCAUAAAUAUCCUUGCUCUAUAAAAGCUUUAGAUUGGGCAGCUGAAAAUGGUCAUUUAGAUAUAGUUCAAUUUCUUUAUCAUAAUAGAACUGAACGUUGUAGUGUUUAUGCAAUUGAUAGAGCAGCAAGAAAUGGAUAUUUAGAUAUUGUUUCAUUUUUAAUGAAUCAAAAAGAACAUUGUAGUUGUGAUGCUUUUGAUAGUGCAGCUUUGGGUGGACAUUUGGCAGUUUUAACCUAUCUCUAUCACAAUCAAAAGGGUGGUAAAGAGUUUUCAUCAUCACAUGUCAUUCCUCGUAUUGCUGAAACCAAACAAAUAUCAAUCAUCCAUUUCAUCUAUCAACAUUAUCCUCAUCUUCAAUUUGCAUUUCCAGACUCUUCAUUGGUUUUGGCUGUAUUUUCACUAUUAACAGUUAGUAGUAGCUAUGCAUCAUCAUCAUUCUUUCAAUCAAAAGAAUUAUUGGCUGUUUUAUCAAAUAUGCCAUCAAUGAGCGCUGGUGGUGGUGUUAAGUGUGCUGCUUGUACAAUUUUAUUAACACUUGUAGAACAAUAUUCAGGAAUUCAUGAACAAUCGGUUGAAAGAGCAAUGGAUGAAAUAUGUUCAUUCUUUCCAGACAAGAUCCAAGAUCUUUGUGUAUCAUUAGUUAAUACCUAUGGUGAUGAUAUCAUUACUUUGUUUGAUCAAUAUAAAAAUGCAGACGAUGUAUGUCAUGCAUUAAAAGACGUUUGUACAUUACCAACAUGUAGAUUAUUUAAUAAUGUUACAGCUACUUUUAAUGGUCCAUAUUCAAGUCAACCCACCAACAUUGGAUCGUCGAGAUCGAUUAAAAAGGUUAGUGAAAAUCCAUGGGAAUGGUUAAAAGGAUUGAUCAAGAUCUUUUCAAGUUACCAUGACCCAAUUGAAGAUAUCGAUGGUGACAAGUUUUCUAUGGAACCAACUUUUAGAGGAUACAAUUGGCGUGGAAGAGAUUGUGAUGACUUUAACAAGGCUAUUUAUCCAGGUACCAUUGGUCAAGAUUCGAGUGACCCAAAUGUCGAUUGGAAUUGUAACGGUAUCUAUGGAACCAAUCAACAAGGUCAAUCUUGGGAAGAACAACUUUGCGGUAAUUCAUCGGCCAUGGGUGUUGUUGUGUGUGGUGAUAGUGUCGGUGCACACUUUGCAGUACCACCACAGUACUUGACAGCCAGCCAAAUCAACUCUACCACUUACAAGGGUUUGAUGGAUGUUUUAGAGACAGAGUUUGAUUGGCCUAUGCGUGGUACCUAUACAGGUUGGCAAGCAUCCACUACCGAUGAUAUUAUCGAUAGUAUCUACUUACGUAUGCGUGACCGUAAUCUAUGUAAUCAUAGAGACUACCAAAACCUUGGUGUCAACGGUGCACGUUCAUCAAGUGUCGCCGAUGGAAAUAUCAACUCUUUUGCAAGAGACCAAGUCAAUGAUAAACCUGUCUUAUUCUUUUUGGAGCUAGUUGGAAAUGACGUAUGCAACCCGCAUCAUGACUAUUCCGACAUGACAACCAAUGCAGAGUUUGAAGCAAACAUUCUAAAGACACUCCAGUACCUCGACACUCAAUUGCCAGCCGGUAGUCAUGUAGUUUUUGUCGGUCUUGUUGACGGCCGUGUUUUAUGGGAUACCUUAUGGAACCGUACACAUCCAAUUGGUGCCACCUAUGAAAUGGUCUAUGACUAUUUGAACUGUCUCGAAUUGUCACCAUGUUGGGGUUGGAUGAACCCAAAUGAAACCGUUAGAAACUAUACCUCUGAACGUGCCGCCUCUCUCAACUCUGUCUAUUCUCAAAUUAUUGGUAAUUAUACCUUUAAACAUUUUGAUAUGCAGUAUUAUGACUUCCCAUUCGAUGCUGUCAAUGCCGAGUGGAUCAAAGGUGGAGGACAUACAUAUCAACUUAUAGCAAACUACUUGAUGGCUGGAUAUUUCUGGGAGCAGCUACUAAGCGAUCAUCCAGAUUGGCUCGGACAAGUCAAUCCACUCAAUUAUAAGAUUUUGCAACAAUUUGGUGAUCAAGGUGGCUAUUAA